AUGGUUGAUAAAAUGGAUAAGAGAUCGAUCAGAAAGCUAUACUUAAGGAAAGACCCAAAAGAUCCCUAUUUUCGUUCUUCUCUCACUAGACUUGUGGCCAUAGGAAACCCAUACCUAACCUUCAUACUCCAUGCUAUGUUCCGAGAUGUUCUUCCAGGAAUACCAUGCCCGGCGCCGUUUGGUAUUCUCAUGAAGAGCGGAAAGACAAUCAGCUAUAUAGUCAGGCGUCUUAUGGGAAGGAAGGUGGUAUUGGAGGCCAAGAGCGAGUCGGAGGAACUUUACAGCAACAAAUGGAACGAAAGUGACUAUGCCGAUAUUAUGAAAUUUCUUUUGAAUAUCGAAAGGACAAAUAAGAGGUUGCUGUUUGUUGAUCAGCCUUUUAUCCGGAACGUGAUAUCGAAAAUAUCGGAAGCAGAAAAGGCAAGAAUCAUUAGAUUCCUAGAGGUCUCUCCUCUUUCUAUAUCAAUAAUGAGAACAAUAAGAACUGAGAAUCUAACAGACACCCAUCUGGCAGUCAUCAACCUUCUGAAGGCCAAGACCAUGCCAUAUGAAGAAGGAUUUAGAUAUGUUCAUGAAUCCAACGUGGAUUUUAAGCUUUUGAAGAGAACAUUCUUGAAGUCCACCUUUUCACAGAUACAGAAAUACUUUCACAUUCUGGUGGACUUUUUCCCAGAAAUGAUGUUUGGAAUAAGAAAGCCUUACAGUAAUAGAAUGCAAAUAUUUGCAGACCCUCUUUCGAUACCGCUCAAGCCGAGGUUAUUAUGUGUUUAUAUCCCUGCAUGCAUAUACUUUAUAAGAAGGAAAUCCAAAUCUCUAAGCCUUGUAAAGAACCUGGAUGUCCUGAUUAAGACUAUUUACAUCGAAAAGAUCCUUUCUGUUUCCCCUAGGAGGUACCUUUUAAAGAAAGUGAUACAUCAGCUGAUUCUUGACACACCUAUUCUUGUAAAAGUUAUUGUAAUGAGGAGAUUUCCCCCAAACCUCAUUAAGAAGAUGGUCGAGUAUAUCCCAUCCUUUCACCUUGCAUACGAGUUGUCUCUCAAGAUUCUUUCCAAUGAUCCUUCGGAUAGCUUCUAUGAGGAGCUGGUUGAAGAAUUACUUAAAAAGUAUCCGACCAAGAGUAAUGUCAAAAGAUUCCAAGCCUGCUCUCAUUUAUUUAGCAACUCUCUUCUGGAGAGACUAAAGUAUCUUACCGAGACAGUCUAA